AUGUUUGUAGUUUGUACAUUUUCUGAGGUGUCAGACAUUUUGUUAUUGAUACUUUUAAAGGUCAUCUACCACAAAUUGAUGGCUAGAGCAAGACCUUGUAAAUUUGGAUUAUUCUCCCAUCAUCCCACCCCUGAACCCCUUUUUACAAGUAAGAUAUUAAUAGAACCCACAUCCAAUCUGUUACCAGCAAGCAGCCUGAAAGUAGAAAAGAAGACACUUUUGGAGAGGUUCCAUUACCUGAAAAGAAAGGAGUGCUCAGGCAGCCCUUUUGCAAUAGUGAUGGUGACCACUAGAUAUCACCUGCGACUUGUCAUUAUGCCAUGCCCUGGAGAAAACCAACAGUGA